AAUCCUGUCAUUGAAAAUUUCAAAUCUAAAAUUUCAGUGAGGUUAGAUUUGGAAGAAGUUAAUAAAACAUGGAUGGAAGAAAAUGGAGCAACAUUUUAUCAAACGAUAGCUGAACAUUAUGGAAUAUGGCGAGACUUAUUUAAUCAUUGUUUCUUUCACCCUAAAUUCUUUAUGGACAUCACCUACAACAUUACUGACUCUAGAUAUAUGCCCAUUUAUAUGGGAAAUGCUGUAGCACCUUUUGAGGCUCGAUCGGCACCAAAUGUAAGUUAUGAAUGUGAUCCUGAUAGUCUGUAUACCCUGAUUCUCACCAGUCCUGAUGGAAACCUUCAGAAUAAUAAUACAGAGUUCUUACAUUGGAUGGUUGGCAACAUACCUGGUAAUGAUGUGAAACAAGGGGAAGUAAUCUGUAAUUACAUGCCACCAUUUCCUGUUCGAGAUGUGGGAUUCAAUCGUUACGUUUUUGUCUUGUACGAGCAACAUCAGAAGAUGGAUUACUCCAAAUUACAAAAACCUGGAGAUUGUUUGUCACUAUCAGAAAGAAAUUUCCAGACGUUAGAUUUUUAUGGAGAAAGACAGGACGAGCUGACACCAGCCUCCAUAGCUUUCUAUCAAUCUCAGUAUCAUCCAUGUGUUUCCAAAUAUUUCAGAGAAACUUUAAAGAUGAAGGAACCGAUAUAUGAAUUUAUUCAUCCACCACCUUAUCAUCCUGUACAGAAGAAACACCCUCAUAAAAAACCCUUCAAUUUGUAUCUGGAUAGAUACAGAGAUAUAAGGGAAUUGAAUGAAGAAGCUAUGAAAUAUAAAAUAAAACAGACCAACCCGUUCGAGAAAUUCAAAAUACCGAAAUAUCCUGCGGUUUUCAACAAUCGUAUGAAACCAACAUGGCUGCAACUUAAAGAAAGACAUAGAGCCUUGAACAAACAUCAGUGGAAAAACGUGUAA